CUUAAAAGAAAGUUCCUUAUUUUUUCAAUGUUAGGUGUUGAUUUGAUGUCCAAUCGAAACACUAAUACACCAAUGAGCAGGAGUUGUCUGACAUCUUUACAUUGUGAGUUGAAAGGAAUUGAAGAAUUAAAACUAAAAUCACUUUGCGGUAGAUCAACAUUGAUUAAUCAUAGGGCCUUUGAAUUAUUUCAGUUAUGCCAAACUCAAGUCUUACGUCAGCUCAGACCACACAUUCAAAGAGACACAAAGACACGCCAAUUUCUGUGUUGAAUGACAUAACCAAUAUUUCGCAUUCUCUAGCUAAUACAGAACAUGGUUCAUCAUCAGGAAAGUCUCUUAAUCCUACACAAGAUAAGGCAACCGUUGAAGGUAAUUGGAAGCUAUCUGUUACUAAGGAAACUCUUUCUUAUAUUUUAAUUUAAUUCAACACAAUUAUUUAUUAGUUCUGUACCAAUGAUUUCAAAUAUCUUGUAGGAAUCUGUGAUGGAGAAGAUGAACUUGAUUUUGACUGUAGUUCUCAAGAAAGUACAGACUCUGAAAAUAUGGGUCUUGAUACUGAUGGAUUCGAUCUAGAUUCUCAUGCUACACCGGCAACAGACCCUUACCGACCAGAACCGUUUUGUAUGGAAAAAAUUUUGAAACGAUGCCAACAAGCGAAAUCAAAGUCAACCACGACAUUUGCUAAAAGGAAGGAAGAAGGUAGUCUGAAAGAUAAUAUUUUGAACAAGCUAAAUUUAAAGUAUAAGUUUCUCUGAUUAUACAAGAAUAUAUAAUUGUUUUAAUUAAUGUGUAAGUUUACAACAUAUAGGAUAUCUUGAUGAAGGUGAUCCUAAACACAAAUGUUGUCAUUGUGGUGCUAUUAUGUGGUAUGGAGAACGCCUAAACAAGCGUAAGAAUACUACGAAGCCUCAAUUUGCCCUAUGUUGCUUGCAAGGUCAAGUUAAACUACCAUUACUAAGGGAACCACCGAUUGUUUUGAAGAGGCUGAUGGAAGGAGAUGAUAAAUUAAGUAAGCAUUUCCAGAAAAAUAUGAGACCUUACAACAUGGUGUUCUCCUUUACUUCACUUGGAGGAAAAGUUGAAAGAUCAGUCCAAAAGGGUGUAGGACCUUCUAUGUUUCAACUACAAGGUGAAAACUAUCACCUGAUGGGAAGCUUACAACCUAACGAGGGAAAAGAUGCCAAGUUCGGCCAACUAUAUAUAGUUGAUACUGAAAAUGAAGUUAAUAAUAGAGCAAACUGCUUGAGGUAUAUUCAAUUAAUUUUUCGUGUGCUUUGCAUAAGUUUGUAUCUUCUUAUUUUUUUUGGGUAUUCUAACAUUUGCUCUAUUAAUUACAGCUCAGGGAAAGGGACUUUCAAAACUCAGAAGAAAGAUAAGCUGAAACCAGAAAUUAUUGACCUUUUGAUCAAGAUGCUAGAUGAGGUCAAUCCUUAUGUAAAGCAGUUCAGAUCAGCUAAAGAUCGUUUUCAGACUGAUCCAGAAGAGGCAUUUCAUAUGAGGAUUGUUAGCGAGCGUUCAAAAGAUGGAAGGACAUAUAAUACUCCCACUGCAUCAGAAGUUGCUGCGCUAAUACCUGGAGAUUUUAAUCUUGAUAUGGCUAACAGAGAUAUUGUCCUUGAGCAAAAAACAGGAAAGCUAAAGAGGAUAAGCGAAAUUCAUGCCUCAUAUCUUGCACUUCAGUAUCCUCUAUUGUUUACAUAUGGAGAAGAUGGAUUCAGGUUGGGUAUUAAGAAAGGUGUUACAGUAGCUUCGAAGAAGCUUAAGAAGCCUAAUAUCAGCAUGAGACAGUUCUUUGCUUUCCGACUGCAUGAACGUGAUAAUGAAUCACACAGUCUUUUACAUGGUAGGCGACUUUUUCAGCAAUUCCUGGUCGAUGCCUACACUACUAUUGAGUCUAAUCGUCUACGCUAUCUUAAGUUCAAUCAGUCUACUUUAAGAUCAGAUAGUUAUGAUUCAAUAAAAGAAUCUGAACAUGCUGGAAAGAGUGAUUUGCAUGACCAAGGCACGGAGUUCACAUUGCCGGCAUCUUUCACUGGAAGUCCUAGGUAUAUGAAGAACAAUUACUUGGAUGCUAUGACCAUAUGCAAGCAUUUUGGAUUUCCAGAUCUCUUCAUCACUUUUACUUGCAAUCCUAAAUGGCCUGAGAUCACAAGGUUUGUUAAGCAGAGGAAGCUAAAUGUUGAGGACAGGCCAGACAUAGUUUGUAGGAUCUUCAAAAUUAAACUUGAUUCAUUAAUGCAAGAUCUAACAAAGAAAAACCUUCUUGGCAAGACAGUGGCGUCUAUGUAUACUAUCGAGUUCCAGAAACGAGGCCUACCACACGCCCAUAUCCUCCUGUUCUUGCAUCCUACAAGCAAGCUUCCCAACACAGACGAUAUAGACAAGCUCAUAUCUGCAGAAAUUCCUAAUAAGGAAGAAGAACCAGAACUCUACGAAGUGAUUAAAGAUAUGAUGAUUCAUGGACCAUGUGGAGCUGCUAAUAAGAAUUCCCCAUGCAUGGAAAAUGGAUUGUGCUCAAAGUUAUACCCUAAAUCAUUUUCUGAGAAGACAACCAUUAAUAAAGAAGGAUUUCCGAUAUAUAGGAGAAGGGAGCAAUCUGAUUGUUUUGUCGAGAAACAUGGGGUCAAAUGUGAUAAUCGAUUUGUCAUUCCUUACAACAGGAGACUAUCUCUUCGCUAUCGAGCUCACAUUAAUGUGGAAUGGUGCAACCAAGCUGGUUCUAUUAAGUACUUAUUUAAGUACAUCAACAAAGGACAAGAUCGUGUUACAGUGGCUGUUGAGCCUCCUGCUCAUAUUGUUGACAGUAUGUUGGCAAAUGGCGAUUUGAACAUACAAGGAAAUGUUCAACCAGACGUGGAAGGAAAUGUGAAAGAUAGCAGCGUCGAGAAGAAGAAAAAUGAAAUAAAAGAUUUUUUCGAUUGCAGUAAUGUAGUUAAUUUUUUUUCUUCUAGAUAUGUUUCGGCUUGUGAAGGAUCAUGGAGAAUCUUCAAAUUUCCUAUUCACUAUCGGUCUGUAUCAGUGGAGAAGCUUAGUUUCCAUCUACCCGGAAAACAGCAAAUUUUCUUCAAAGGAAAAGAUAAAAUGGAAGUUGUUGUCAGCCGUAAGCUCAUUGAGAAUACAAUGUUCUUGGCAUGGUUUGAGCUUAAUAAAGUGGAUCCUCUUGCGAGAACUCUUACAUAUGCCCAGAUACCAAACUUCUUUACCUAUGACAAGAAGCAGAAGAAGUGGAAAAGGAGAAAAAGAGGUUUCAGUAUAGGAAGGAUUAACUAUGCUCCAAGGAUCCAGGAAGAUGCUUAUUUUUUGCGUGUGUUGCUGAACAUUGUUAAAGGUCCUACAAGUUAUGAUGACAUUAAAACUUAUGAAGGAGUUCUUUAUCCUGGAUACAAGGAAGCAUGUUCUGCUCGAGGGUUAUUAGACGAUGAUCAAGAGUACAUUGAAGAUAUUUUACGGAGAAGUUACUACUGCUCAGGAGGUGAAUUGCGACAGAUUUUUGUAAUAAUGCUGAUCAAUAAGAGUUUAUCCAGUCCAGAAGUUGUAUGGGAGAGUACAUGGGAGCACCUUUCUGAAGAUAUUGAGUAUAACCGAAGAAUAUUUUUCAAUAGACCAGGACUAUUGUUAAGUGACGAGGACAAAAAGAAAUUUGCUCUACAAGAGAUUGACAGUCUUUUGAGGCGUAAUGGCACUUCUCUAGCUACAUUUACUUCUAUGCCAAAGCUGCCAAAGACAAGUAGACAUGAUUCGAAUGUGUUGAUACUAGAUGAGCGCAACUAUUCACGAGAAGAAUUAUUAGAAACUCUUGAAAGAGAUAUUCAGAAGAUGACUACUGAGCAAAAGAAAAUAUAUGAUGAGAUCCUUACUGCUGUGAAUGAGGAGAAAGGUGGAAUGUUUUUUGUUUAUGGGUUUGGUGGAACAGGAAAAACAUUUCUAUGGAAAUUACUUUCUGCAGCUAUAAGAUGUCGGGGAGAUAUAGUUUUGAAUGUUGCAUCAAGUGGAAUUGCGUCAUUGUUGUUGCAAGGAGGUAGGACUGCCCAUUCAAGAUUUGGAAUUCCACUAAAUCCUGAUGAAUUUUCGUCAUGUACAAUGUCUCCUGGAUCGGAUCAGGCAAAUUUAGUGAAAGAGUCUUCACUCAUCAUAUGGGAUGAAGCACCAAUGAUGAGCAAGCAUUGUUUUGAAGCUUUGGAUCGUAGUUUGUCUGAUAUUAUUGGAAAGGAUAGCAAUAACCCAUUUGGUGGGAAGGUCGUGGUAUUUGGAGGUGAUUUUAGGCAAGUUCUCCCUGUUAUAAAUGGAGGAGGUAGAGCUGAAAUUGUGUUGGCAGCACUGAAUUCAUCAUACCUUUGGGAACACUGCAGAGUUCUACAACUGACAAAGAACAUGCGAUUGUUAUCUGGUUCUUUAGCGCCAGAGGAGGCAGAGGAUCUUAAAGAGUUUUCAGAGUGGAUAUUGAGUAUUGGUGAUGGUAAAGUUAAUGAACCGAAUGAUGGGGAAGCAGAGAUCGAAAUUCCUUCUGAAUUCUUGAUUCUAGACUCAGCUGAACCUAUUGAAGCAAUCAGCAAAGCUGUCUAUGGUGAUAUUCAUUCAUUACAAGUGAACCAAGAUCCUAAGUUUUUUCAACAAAGAGCAAUCCUGUGUCCAACUAAUGAAGACGUCAAUAUGAUUAACGAGUAUAUGUUGGAUAAGCUUGAAGGUGAAGAAAAGAUCUAUCUAAGUGCAGAUAGUAUUGAUCCUUCCGAUACAAGUUCGGUAAAUAAUGAAGCAUUGGGGCCUGAUUUUCUGAAUACAAUUAAGGUUUCUGGUUUGCCAAACCAUAGUCUGCGACUCAAGAUCGGUUGUCCUGUUAUGGUUCUACGAAACAUUGAUCCCACUGGAGGGUUAAUGAAUGGAACUAGACUUCAGAUCACCGAACUUAUGGAUUUUAUGAUUGGCGCUAGGAUAAUAACUGGAGAAAAGGUUGGGAAAAUUGUUUACAUUCCGAGAUUGUUGAUUCAACCAUCAGACACCAGGUUACCUUUUAAGAUGCGCAGAAGACAAUUGCCUAUAGCUGUGGCUUUUGCAAUGACAAUAAAUAAAAGUCAAGGGCAAUCACUAUCCGAAGUUGGUCUCUUUCUACCAAGACCUGUGUUUUCACAUGGACAGCUAUACGUCGCAGUUUCCAGAGUCACAUCAAAGAAAGGAUUGAAAAUUUUGAUUGUAGACAAAGAUGGUAAACCUCAGCGGAAAACAAUGAAUGUUGUUUUCAAAGAAGUUUUCAACAACCUAUAAGUGAGAGGAGCCUGACGAGGUAUGUAAUUUAACUUACAUCCACUAAGGCUAUUUGUUUUCGACAUUAACAUACUAAUAUUUUGUAGGGAAUCAAGUUCUAUUUCGUGAUGUAAUCAGAGUAUGCUGGCUACCGUGACAUCUUAAAAAGGUUGAAGAUUUUUAAGGUGCGGUGGAGUCAUGACUCAGUGUCAAACUUUGAACGUGGAUUCACAUUUCAUAUUCUUGAAUCUAUGACUUUACUUUUCUUUCAGUUGUCUUUGGAAUCGUGUGAUGCUUUCUAUAUACUAUCGCUUCUCAUUUACUUUUAUGCUAAGAUUUUAUGGGAAUUUUUUUUUCUAAACAAAUAAAACAGUCAAUCAACUAAUACGUCAUAAAA